UCCGUUUUGGGGUAAACUCAAAAUAACAUAAAAGUACAGGGGUGCAUAUGUAAUAUAUAUGGAAAACAUGAAUUUGGGGUAUUCCAGAAUUGAUCAGGACUAUUAUUCUUCUCUGCAGCUUACACGCCUUUUCUCAAUCUUCCAUUCCUCCUCGCCCAGUAAGCUGUAGGGUUUGAAUUAUAUCUGCAACACCAGUUUGAUCAUCGAUCGCGGAGGUCUCGCAUAGAAGCAAGAUGUGGGCUGCUUCGUGCCUGGCAUCAUGCUGCGCUGCCUGUGCUUGCGACGCGUGCCGCACGGUCGUGUCAGGGAUUAGUCGGCGAUCCGCUCGCAUUGCCUACUGCGGUCUCUUCGCGCUUUCGCUGAUUGUUUCGUGGAUUCUCCGCGAGGUGGCUGCUCCCCUCAUGGAGAAGAUCCCAUGGAUCAAUCAUUUUCACCAAACUCCAGAUAGAGAAUGGUUUGAGACAGAUGCAGUAUUGAGAGUGAGCUUGGGAAAUUUCUUGUUUUUCACCAUCCUUGCUAUUUUUAUGAUUGGUGUGAAGAACCAGAAGGAUCCUCGGGACAAUUUGCACCAUGGGGGUUGGAUGAUGAAAAUCAUUUGCUGGUGCAUUUUGGUGAUACUGAUGUUCUUUCUCCCCAAUGGGAUCGUGAGCUUCUACGAGGCAACUUCCAAGUUUGGAUCGGGAUUGUUCCUUCUUGUUCAAGUUGUACUUCUACUCGAUUUUGUUCAUGGAUGGAAUGACAAAUGGGUUGGAUAUGGUGAACAAUUUUGGUUUGCUGCAUUGCUUGUGGUUUCACUUGUUUGCUACGUGGCAACCUUUUUGUUCUCUGCACUGCUCUUCUAUCUUUUUACCCCAUCCGGAGUUGAUUGUGGACUCAAUACCUUUUUCAUUGUGAUAACUUUGAUCUUCGUUUUUGUGUUUACUAUUGUCACAUUGCAUCCAUCAGUAUGUGGAAGCAUUUUGCCAUCUUCAGUUAUAUCUUUAUAUUGCAUGUACCUCUGCUACAGUGGACUUGCCAGUGAACCUAGGGAUUACGAAUGCAAUGGUCUUCACAAGCAUUCUAGAGCAGUUUCAACCAGUAGUCUUGCCCUUGGGCUGCUCACAACAGUUUUAUCUGUUGUUUAUUCUGCUGUCCGAGCAGGAUCUUCUACAAUGUUGCUUUCUCCUCCAAGCUCUCCACGUGCAGGUUCUGGGAGGCCUUUGCUACCAUUAGACAAGGCAGACGAGCAGUACGAAGAGAAAGAGAAAGAGAAGUCGAAGCCAGUCACAUACUCAUACUCAUUUUUCCACUUAAUCUUCUCUCUGGCUAGCAUGUAUUCCGCCAUGCUGCUCACAGGUUGGUCAACGUCAGUUGGAGAGAGCGGGAAGUUGGUCGAUGUAGGUUGGCCAUCUGUCUGGGUUCGCAUUGUAACUGGUUGGGCUACCGCUGCCUUGUUCAUCUGGUCCCUCAUCGCACCAAUUCUCUUCCCCGACAGAGAAUUCUGAUGAACCAUAGUAAUCGAGGCGUCUGAUGCAAGUGUGUAGUAGAUUUCACAAGAUACAAUUUGGCUUGGCUUAAUGUUGCUCCAGAAUUUUAUUUUGUUUGUAAAUAAGCACCAAGUAUUGGGCUAAAGUAUAUAGAUGGAAUGGAAGUAUUAGAAAGUCUGGUGAUUUCUCAUUUUCUCUGGCGCCCCCAAAAAACAUUACAAAACAAAUAAAGCCCCUUUAGGCGCAUUUUCAAUCA